UGGCCAGUCUGGGAUGUCUGGGGUGGUGAGUUUGUUGGGCCCCCACCACAGGAGAUGGUGGUCUCACCAGAUCUCACCACCACCACCUUAUUUCUUGCAAAGUUGUCAGUAUAGAGUCCUGCCAUGGGAAGGUUUGUGACCAAAAAGGAUGAGGGUUUAGGCUCUUGCUGGUGUUUAUGUGGGUGGCACAGCAUUUCAAGUCCUUGGAGCAUUUACCCCUACCCACUUGCUGGCUUGAGCCAAUCUGUCCUUUCCAAACAAAUUGGAGACAUGCUCCCCCUCUGUCCCAGGGAGUGUGGGUGUGCUGAGCUCUGUCAGGAUGUGAACAGGGUCUGUCCUUGGGGAAUCUCAAAUGCAGUCAGCACUUAACAGCCCCCUGACCCAGCCUGCCCUCUUCAAACUUCUACCAAAUGCUUCUGGGCCAUAGGAAUGCUGCUGCAACCCACAAUCCUGCUUCUGGUAGUGUGGUCUCCAUUUUGUACACUUUGUGAUUUGUCCAGCUCUGAAUCUAAUAAAGUAUGUAGAAUGGAGAAGGCUGCCUGCGCUGCUUUUUGGGACUGGUGCUGCAAGAGCCUGAGCUGUGCCACAAUGUCUUGGGGCUUGCUUGUGCUGCUUCCCCAGGCCUGGGCUGCUUGGGGGCUGGUAGGUGAAAAGGACAAGUGAUGUUUUUGUUUCCAGUUGUUCCAGUCCUGCAGCUCCCUGGAGGAAAGAGGAUGCUCUGGGCUUUUCUUGGGGCUGCAGCUGGGAGGAACUGAACUUGCCCGGAGUGUGUCCCAGCCCCCUGUAAGUCAGGCUCCUGUGCCCCAGCCAGGCUUAAGAGAAUCGAUCAUCUUUCCUUGUGUGCACUUGAAAAAAUCUCAAAAGCCAUUUUCCCUUUUAACUUGUUUUUUUGCGGUGGGGGCCAAGGUGGGUGCUGUGUGGGGUAGCUGAAGGAAUCAGCAACUGCUGAGCAGCUGGACCUGGCCCUUGGCUCAGCCCCUCUGAUUUCAGUCUGUGAGCAGGUGCAGGCGUCCAAGUGGUCAUUCCCCAUUGGUGGAUGAAAAAAUUCAGACCCAAACCCCAGCCUGCCGUAUCUUGACUGUGGUUUAAAAGCAGAAACUCUGUUUUUAAAAGAGAGAAGAAAACAAUUCCAAGUCCUCCCAUAGCCUUUUUCCGUAGAAAACAGCGAGCAGAGGCUGAGCGGGUUUCGGGCUCUCUGCGAUCUGCACGUGGCCCGGGAAGCCCAACUCCUGGCCCCGUUGUGCGCAGGCGCAGUCGGGCCCGGACUACAUCUCCCGGCCGCCCCCGCGCCAUGGCAGCCUCCCGCCUCCUUCCCGGCAGCGCCCGGCGUCCUUUCCGGCUUCGAGCGGCGGCGGCGGCGGCUCCGCGGGGCGGGCUGGCCCCGCUAUGGCGUCCUGCGCCGACAUCCUCCGGUCCGAGUUCCCCGACUUGGACGGCGAGCUCUUCGCUUACGUGACGGGGAUCCUGCAUGGCAGCGGGGCGGACUUCGAGUCGGUGGACGAGCUGGAAGAGGCGGUGGGCGAACUGCUGCGGGAGGUGUCGCAGGACACCAAGGACGACGGCGCCAUCAGGGAGAUCUGCCAGCGCCUCUUCAACACCCUGCAGCUGGACGAGGGCCAAGGCCAGCGCUGCAGCCAGGUGCUGCUGGAUGCUCCCAUCCAGCUUUCCCAGAUGACUGAUGGAUAUGGUGAUGCCAGUGCAGAUCUGCUGCCAGGGCUGUUGCUGAAGAGAGGCCAGACCUCGAUGGUGAAUGCCAAGAAACUGGAGAAGGCAGAAGCCAGGCUGAAAGCCAAGCAGGACAAGAGGCUGGAGCGGGAUUCCCUGAAGUCAUCUGGCCCUGUAGUCCUUGAGGAGGCAUCUGCCAGCCAAGCUUCCAGCAAGAAGGAGACUCGCAUGGAGUCAUCAGGCAAGAACAAGUCGUAUGAUGUGCACAUCGAGAACUUUGAUGUGUCCUUCGGUGAGCGUGUCCUGCUGACGGGAGCAGACCUGAACCUGGCUUUUGGACGGCGGUAUGGGCUGGUGGGCAGGAACGGGCUGGGGAAGACCACGCUGCUGAAGAUGAUCGCCAGCCAGAGCCUGCGCAUCCCCUCACACAUCAGCAUCCUGCAUGUGGAGCAGGAGGUGGCAGGGGAUGACACACCAGCACUGCAGAGUGUGCUGGAGUGUGACACCACUCGUGAGAGCCUGCUGCGGGAGGAGAGGGACCUGACAGCCAAGAUCAGUGCUGGCAGGGGAGAAGGGACAGAAGGUGCCAGACUAUCCGAGAUCUACGCUAAGCUGGAGGAGAUUGAGGCAGACAAGGCCCCAGCAAGGGCAUCCGUCAUUCUUGCUGGGCUGGGCUUUAAUGCAAAGAUGCAACAACAGACAACCAAAGAGUUUUCUGGAGGUUGGAGAAUGAGACUAGCCUUAGCCAGAGCCCUCUUUGCCAGGCCAGAUCUCCUUCUGCUGGAUGAACCAACGAACAUGCUGGAUGUGAGGGCCAUUUUGUGGCUGGAGAGCUACCUACAGACCUGGCAGUCUACCAUCCUCGUGGUGUCCCACGACAGGAACUUCCUGAAUGCGGUGGCAACAGACAUCAUCCACCUGCACUCACAGCGGCUGGACAUGUACCGUGGGGACUUUGAGAACUUCAUCAAAACCAAGGAGGAGCGCCUGAAGAACCAGCAGCGAGAGUAUGAAGCCCAGCAGCAGUACCGUGAGCACAUCCAGGUUUUCAUUGACCGCUUUCGCUACAAUGCCAACCGGGCAUCCCAAGUCCAGAGCAAGAUCAAGCUGUUGGAGAAGCUGCCAGUGCUGAAACCUGUGGACAAGGAAUCUGAAGUGAUCAUCAGGUUCCCUGAUGGCUUUGAGAAGUUCUCUCCGCCGAUCCUGCAGCUGGAUGAAGUAGACUUCUAUUAUGAGCCAAGUCACUACAUCUUUCAUUCCCUCUCUGUCUCUGCUGACCUGGAGUCCCGCAUUUGUGUGGUUGGGGAAAACGGAGCUGGCAAGUCAACCAUGCUAAAGAUCUUAAUGGGGGAGCUGGCACCAGUCAGAGGGAUCAGACAUGCUCACAGAAACCUAAAGAUCGGUUAUUUCAGCCAGCACCAUGUGGAUCAACUAGACUUGAAUAUCAGUGCUGUAGAGUUACUGGCAAGAAAGUUCCCAGGGAAGACGGAGGAGGAGUACCGGCAUCAGCUGGGGAGGUACGGCGUCUCUGGAGAGCUGGCCGUGCGUCCUGUGGCCAGCCUGUCCGGAGGUCAGAAGAGUCGUGUGGCCUUUGCCCAGAUGACUAUGCCCUGUCCAAACUUCUACAUCUUGGAUGAGCCAACAAAUCACUUGGACAUGGAGACCAUUGAGGCACUGGCAAAGGCACUGAAUAAGUUCCGGGGUGGUAUAAUUCUGGUGUCCCAUGAUGAACGCUUCAUCCGCCUGGUGUGCCACGAGCUGUGGGUGUGUGAGAACGCCACCGUGACACACAUCGAGGGUGGCUUUGACCAGUACAGAGACAUCCUGAAGGAGCAGUUCCGGAAGGAGGGUUUCCUAUAAGGGAAGUGGAAGCUGGACUGCGCCAGGGGCUGGAGGGCAAAGCUCAGCCACCUCGGCUUCCAUCCCAACUGUGCCUGGCAGAGCGCUGAGGACGCUGCUGCCCACGUGGACUGUCAGCCAUGCCAUCAAACUGCCACCUGAACUGCUCUCCCCUCCUGGGGCCAGGUGGAAGGACAGCGUGGGAGCAGGAGCCUGGUGUAUGUGGCCAGGGGCACGCCGGGGGCUCCGUCACUGGCCGGGGCUGUGCCUGGCACUGGGCACACUGGGAAGGCUGUGCCUGGAGUUGCUGUUGUGCCAAGAGGAGGGAAGGCAGAGCAUCCUGACUGUUGGUUUAAGUCUGUGCUCUGCAGGGCAGAAGAGCUGUUCUCAGUGUCUCUUUGCUUCACCCUCUGCCUUUUUCUUUGUUUUUGUUUGUUUGUUUGUUUGUUUGUUUGUUUGUUUUUAACUGCCUGAGCACUAGUCUGGCUCCAUCACAUGCCACUGUCCUCCCUGCUGCCUUAGAGGGAAGCAGAGGCAUUUGCUGCUAAAAGUGACCCCUGCCUCUUUCCCAGCCCCCCAUGCUGGGGCUUGCUUAUGUCUGUAGUGCCGAAGGAGCCAGAGCCCAGUUCUCCUGGGCAUGCUCCCUGCUCCUCUCCUUGUGCUGCUGCUGGUACCACCUCGCUGCCUGCCUUGCCUUUGAACUGGCCCUGGGGUGGGCUGCCCAGCAUCCCUCCCUGCCCACCCACACAGAAGUUGUGGUGUAAAUAAACCCAGGACACAGUGGG